AGUUUACUUGAGACAUGAACAUUCUGCUCAUAGCUGCACAAUGAACGCAUUCACAUUUCUGCUCUGUGUUUUGAUGCAUGAGGUGACAGGCCAAAUUAAAGAUAUUUCUCCUGCCAGAAUUUUGGUUCCACAGAGAAUAGUAAGUGAGAACAGUAACCUCCAUGUGAUAUGCAGUACUUUUGGGUUCAAGAAAAACACACCAGUCUAUGUGUAUUUAUGUAAUAAUGGAACUGGGGUCGAAAGACUGAGUCAAAAGCCUGAGGAAAAUGAUUCUACAUUCACAUUAACAAAAGUUACACCAACUGAUAGUGGUGAAUACAGCUGUGUCCACUCCAUCAGUGAGUACAAGCCUGAUGAGGUCAACGCCACAGGAAUAAACAGCAUUGGAAUCCACGUCUUAGCAAACUUUCAGCCUGCUAACUUGACACUGUCCAGUCCGUCUUCGGUCAGCCAGGGAGCAAAAGUUGAAUUUGUAUGUUCUCUUCCGUAUGUUCUGCAAACUCUUGAUGACUGUGGCUCCGUGCAGUCAUACCUGAUGCGAGAUAGAGCCAUUUACCAAGUGCAGGGGUUUGAUGUGAAGCAGAGAGAGGCUAGAUUUGUGAUACAAGAUGCAGUGCAGAAAGAUUCGGGUCUGUACAGCUGUGUGGUUCGGCCUUCUCAAUGCUUCAAGGAUGCGGAAAGACUCACUGGAAAUAAUGCAGUCAUUCUUCAAGUUCAAAAAGGUUAG